AUGUCCGGGUGUCCCUCUGUUCCCGUGUCCCCAUGUCUGGAUGUCCCCAUGUCACCCCGGUGUCCCCAUGUCCCCCAGUUUGGCCGGACCGAGGUCAUCGACAACUCCCUGAACCCCGACUUUCUGCGCAAAUUCGUCCUCGACUACUUCUUCGAGGAGAAGCAGAACCUCCGCUUCGACCUGUACGAUGUGGACUCCAAAAGCCCCGACCUCUCCAAGCACGAUUUCCUGGGCCAGGCCUUCUGCACCCUGGGCGAGAUCGUGGGCUCGGCCGGCAGCCGCCUGGAGAAGCCCCUGACCGGCGUCCCCGAGAAGAAGUGCGGCACCAUCAUCCUCCUCGCCGAAGAGCUGGGCAACUGUCGGGACGUGGCCACGCUGCAGUUCUGCGCCAACAAGCUGGACAAGAAGGAUUUCUUCGGCAAAUCCGACCCCUUCAUGGUCUUCUACCGCAGCAACGAGGACGGGACCUUCACCAUCUGCCACAAGACGGAGGUGGUGCGGAACACGCUGAACCCGGUCUGGCAGGCCUUCGCCAUCCCCGUCCGCGCCCUCUGCAACGGUGACUACGACCGAGCUAUCAAGGUGGAGGUGUACGACUGGGACCGCGAUGGCAGCCACGACUUCAUCGGGGAGUUCACCACCAGCUACCGGGAGCUGGCGCGGGGACAGAGCCAGUUCAACGUCUACGAGGUGGUGAACCCCAGGAAGAAGAUGAAGAAGAAGAAGUACCUGAACUCGGGGACGGUGACACUGCUGUCCUUCGCGGUGGAGUCCGACCACACCUUCCUGGACUACAUCAGGGGCGGGACCCAAAUCAACUUCACGGUGGCCAUCGACUUCACUGCGUCCAACGGGAACCCCUCGCAGUCCACCUCGCUGCACUACCUGAGCCCCUACCAGCUCAACGCCUACGCCAUGGCCCUCAAAGCCGUGGGCGAGAUCAUCCAGGACUACGACAGCGACAAAAUGUUCCCCGCCCUCGGCUUCGGCGCCAAGAUCCCGCCGGACGGACGCGUGUCCCACGAGUUCCCGCUGAACGGUGACGCGGCCAACCCGGCGUGCAGCGGCAUCGAGGGCGUGCUGGAGGCGUAUCACCGCAGCCUGCGCAGCGUCCAGCUCUACGGCCCCACCAACUUCGCUCCCGUGGUCAACCACGUCGCCCGCUCGGCGGCGGCGGUGCUGGAUGGCUCCCAGUACUUCGUCCUGCUCAUCAUCACCGACGGCGUCAUCUCGGACAUGGCGCAGACCAAGGAGGCCAUCGUCAACGUGAGUCCCGCGGGGCAGUGGGUGCCCCUGGAGGGGGUGCGGGGACCAGCUGGGGUUGGGGUGCUCCGAGCCCUGGACGCCCCCAAUCCCGUUGUCCCCCCUCGUCCCCCCCAGUUCGUCCCCUUCCGUGACUACGUGGCCGGGCCGGGCAGCCCGGUGCUGAGCAUGGCGCGCCUGGCCAAGGACGUCCUGGCCGAGAUCCCCGACCAGUUCAUCUCCUACAUGAAGGCGCGGGGCAUCAAA